AUGGCCAAGGAAGCUUCUCUAUGCCUCUUCUUCCUCUCUUUUCUCUUUAUCUGCUGUUCAGGUAUUUUGGUGGGUUUUUCCUAUCGUGAGAGAGGAGACACCGCAUCUUCAACAGCUGAUGGAACCACAUUCCUUCAGAAAAACAAGAUCUCCCAAUCUCAGAUUCCAUUUUCUGUAUUGACUAACGCCAACAUGUCAGUUGAUUUCUUCUUGAAUAGAAGCUUCGUUGAAAUUUUUUUUUCUUCAAAACCAUCUGUAGUUUCGUGGCUAAAAGCUCAUCUUGUAAACAUUCUUCCACAAGCUGACAUUAGAAGCAUCAUUAUUAGUUGUGGCAGUGAGUGCUUAGGCCAAAAUGAGAUGCCUUUACUUGUUUCUACUCUGAAAUCAAUCCAUUUAUUUCUCAGCAACCUUCACACAAGCAGAGAAGUAAAAGUCUCAGUAGCAUUUCCAGUAUCAAUCAUAGAGAAUUUGAAUGCAUCAUAUGAAAAUGAUCUCCUUAGGACUGUUCAGUUUAUAAAGAAAAUAAAAUCAUUUAUCAUAAUAGAAGACAGCACUAAUUGGGAAUUAAGCAUGGAGAAUCACUUUGUUCAAUCUAUUAUUAGAAGGGCCACUCUUGCUGCUUCUAUUCUUCCAUGCAAAGAUGUUCCUGUGGUUCUGACAAUCAAGAGCCAAGUUAUUCACAGUUCAAUGGAAUUAACUCAAUUUAGUAAGGCAGUAUCCAAAUAUCUUGAAUCAAGAUCUCAUGUUACAAAAAGAAUAGUUGCAUUAUAUGCUGAUGUACACACAACCAAAAAUUUGGCAAAGAAAAAGCUCAAAGAAAAAGAGGAAGAAGAGAUAUUUCCUUUGUCCCUUGGAGAAAAGCUAAGCAAAGUCCAUAUCAGAAGAAUUCUACAAGAUACAAACAACUCACCUACCGCAGUUUUCCCCACAAAUCCAACCCCACCUACACCAGUCAUCACACCUCCUGAUACCCCAACCAUCAUCACAGUUCCUUCAACCAAUCCUGUCACAGUUUCCCCCACCAAUCCAGCUGCAACCCCAGUGACAGUUCCUUCUACCACACCAGUUCCCUUACCACCUACAAAUCCAGCCAAUCCAGUUACAGUUCCAGGAUCACCACCAGUUACUACCAACCCUAUGACUCCUUAUCCACCCCCUUCAGGUAGUGUUCUUCAGCCUCCUCCUCCAAACACAAAUGCUCAAGCCAUGCCGGGUCAGAGUUGGUGUGUUGCAAAGUCUGGAGUUCCAGAAACUACUCUUCAAUCAGCAUUGGACUAUGCUUGUGGAAUGGGAAGUGUGGAUUGUUCACAAAUACAGCAAGGUGGGAGCUGUUACAAUCCAAAUUCAAUGCAAAAUCAUGCUUCUUUUGCCUUUAACAGCUACUACCAAAAGAAUCCAGCUCCAACAAGUUGUGACUUUGGAGGCGCUGCCACCAUAGUUAGCACCAAUCCGAGCUCGGGUUCUUGCAUUUACCCAUCAUCUUCUGGAGCAGGCACAUCCGGCUCUGGUAUAUCACCUUCAGUUUUAGGGGCCCCAAGCCCUCCAGAUUUAGGGGCCUCACAUUCAGCUGGUUUGAGACCUUUUCUUGGCUGCAUGGUUCUGGUGAUAUCGUUAGUAACUAGAAGACUCACUGUAUAA